UGAUCAGCGAAACUAGGCAACAGACGAAGCUGCUAGCUGUGCGAAUUGUGAUCAAGUAGUACGAGGACACAAGCAGUAAGAUGGAUCCAGCAGCUGUACAAACACGCUAUGAAGAUGUCUGCAUGGAGUUAAACGUCAAACCAAAUCCUUUUAUCAUGAAGGUGCUGGACAAAGAGAGAGAUGAACAAAUCAUUACUGAUAAACAUGGCAAUAAAAUAAGUGACCCCAAAGACUUCAUGGAGAUGGAGAUGCCAGGGAACAACCAUCUCCUGACAAACAAGAUGCUCCAGGACGAGGAUGCCUUUGUUCUCCUGAAGGUCCUUGCCAACAAUACCUACGUCUCAGGGUUGGAUCUGAGGUACAACCAGAUCACUGACAAAGGUGCGGAACACAUUGCAGAAUUACUGAAGGAAACCUGUGCUUUGAAGAGACUGAGUCUGAUGUGUAAUGAUCUUGGUCCGGAGGGAGGUGCCAUCAUCGCCAGUGGUCUUCAGGUAAAUGAGACGCUUCAAGAGCUGAAGCUGAAUGGUAAUAAGAUAGGGAAUAAAGGAGGCAUGGCUCUUGCUGGUGUGUUACAGGUCAACACAGCUUUACGAUCAUUAGACAUUGGAGACACCGACCAGGACACUCAAAGCAUGAUUGCCUUCGCCACAGUCCUGAACUACAACAGCACUCUGAAGGCUCUUUGCAUGAACCGCCCUCUGUUGUUCAGUCAGCAGGAGGAGACGACCAUCCACUUUGCCAAGAUGCUGAAGGUCAACAGCACCCUGACAGAACUCCACCUGCAGAAGUGUGACAUCAAGGACACAGGAGCGGAGAGGCUCUCCGAGAUGUUGGUGGAGAAUAUCGGUCUCAAGUAUCUGGAUCUUGCUUGUAACAAGAUCAGGAGAGACGGGGCCAAGUACCUAUCUAGAGUCCUCAUGAAGAACACUCCACUUGAGAUCCUAGACUUGGGCCAUAACUGCAUCGAGGAUGACGGAGCGAUGGACCUGAGCAGGUCACUCAUGGACAUGAACAGUAACCUGCACACGUUAGUUAUCACAAGUAACAACAUCAGAGCACAAGGUUUAUGUGCCAUAGCCAGAGCCAUGGAGAACAAUCCUAAUUUCAACAGUGUGUUUAUCUGGGGCAAUCACCAUGAAGAAGAUGCAUGUAAUGCUUUCCACAGACUGAUAGAGGGCGGUAAACUAGCUUUGGAAAGGACGGAUGUGAAACCUUACGUAGUUGACGGUCAAGUUUACCUUUCUGAGCUUUCGCAUGGUCUCCGAAGGCAUUACUAUUGGACACCAUUCUACGGCCCCGAUGUGAAAAGUGAUAAAAUCUGAGUUGGCUUUAAGUCU